UAGAGACUUGGUUGAAGCUUCUGCCCUUGUUUUAUUUUGCUUCUUGUUCCUAAAGCUAGAUUUAUGCCAAAAGGGAGCUUCCUUUCUUGUGGCGUUGAAAGAGAUCACAAUAGCUCAGCAGAGAAGAAAGCAGAUCAUACCAUGGAGGGGGUCUCUCUAGAAUUGAAAGUAAUUUCCUGCAGAGAUCUCAAAGCGUUCAAUUUCUUUCAGAAGCUCUCAGUCAAUGUUGUUGUCUCCGUUUUUAACGAUGAACCAAGGAAGAAUGAACAGCAGCGACAAAAGACAGCAGUGGACUUUCUUAGUUGUGUAUUGAAGAAGAACGAAAAGCAACGACAACGCCUGCAGUGGCAAAAGACACCUCUAAACGAUGAAGCACAGAAGAACGAACAGCAGCAACUUCUGCAGCGGCAAAAGACACCAGCGGACAGAGAAGGAGGUAGCAAUCCUGAAUGGAAUCAUAUGAUGCAGUUUGAUCUCAAUACCACUUCACUUCCUGGUCAUGGUGAUCAUCUCUUUUUCAAAUUUGAAUUGCGCUGCGAAGGUGCCAUCUUUGGUAACAAAUCUAUCGGGGAAGUUUGUGUUCCAUUCAAGGAUUUGAUUGAGGAGUUUAACGGUAGUGUGAGGUUUGUAAGCUAUCAGGUCCGAAACAGCGAUGGGAAGCCUAAUGGUGUCCUGAAUCUUUCCUAUGAGGUGAAUGAGAAAGUCCAGAAGGAAGGAAUUGAAAGUCCAAAAGUUGAUUUGCCACCAGGAAUUCGGUUCUCAUCACCUAAGAAAGUUCGUUAUCCAUCCGUAGAGGUCGAUGUUAAGUCAAGGAACGCAUGCUUAUACCCUUCCCUUGAUGAUAUCAGCUUCAAUUCCCCUUCACCAGGCUCCGGGUUGCCUUCUAUGGAGUUAUCUCAUCCAGUAAAGGUACGUUACACUAUGCCUCCGCCAACCUUUCCAUUACAACUUCCACCAUCAGUUGCUGUGGAUCACGGAGUGCAUCGGCAUCAAUUUCCAUCGCCACUGACACAGAGUCCAGGUUCAUAUCGGUACACAACAAAGACGCCAGAGUAUGGUUGCGGAACAUGUGGGUAUCCUCGAGGUUGGGCAAUCAGGGAUGUAAUGUUUAGCUAGUUAGAUUAGCAGUAUUAGUGGAUGUUGGUGUUGAUAUUUUUCACUAGCAGGCCGGUGGCUGAUGUGAUUUCAUUUCUGUAUGAAACAAUCCCCCUCUGCCUACUAGCUAGGGACUUGUGAUCUAAUUUUUGCUAUGCUUGACAUGUUUCUUAAGUACUGCUCCUGCCAGUACGAUCUGUUCAUACAUAAUAAAAAGGAAUGCCAGUUCUUUUCUCUCU